CAAAAAAGUAAAAUCUAUAUUAUAUCGAGCUAUAUUUAGGUACAUGGGUAGCAAAUCGUGUAUAAUACGGAGAAACACAACCAGCGAGUUCCAAGAGUCAGAUCAGGUCAGAUAAUCGUAUAUAAUUGGCUCAUACGAGCCAAGUCAAUUAUAUUCGAAGCUGAGGCGUAUCUGGCCGAAUCGUGGGAUUGGCCUAAACCAAUCUAACCUGUCUAUCCCUUGCAUAUGAUUCAAUUAGUGGCGCUACGGUCUUUUGAUACCAUCGCUUGAUAAGGUAUAAAAUAAGCCUUAUAUAUUGCCUAUUCAGUACAUAUCAGUUGUGUGAUCCGGACCUUGGCGUAGAGAGAUACUCCGUCCCUAACAGCUAAAGGAUCGCAACACAUUUGCUAUUACUGGGAUCCUCGUACAUAAAAACGGUCUGUCUGCCACUUUAAUCUGAGCCGAGAUGGCCUAUUUCAUGUCUUUACUAGGAACAAGUUACCCACUAUCGUGGAGAUGAAAGAAACAUUAGAACCAAGUAUGUCGGAAGCUAGAUACAAGCCGAAGGUUCUCAUCGUUGGCGCCGGUCUUGGCGGCCUUACCCUUGCCCAGGUAUUCCGGAAGAAUGGAAUACCAUUUGAGAUCUUCGAGCGGGACGAGCAUGUAGUUGCUAGAUCCCAGGGCUGGUCUCUGACAAUGCACACCAUUUUAGACGAUCUGUCCAAGGCAUUCCCAGAUGAUAUGCCCAACCUAAGGGACGCUGCUCAUCAUCUUAAUCCUCUUAACUUAGAAACUCAAAUCGUUUUCUAUUUCCAUAAUGAGCGUCUCGGCACGGAAGGCUCUCCUUCCACUCCUACUUUACGCGUUAACCGUCUACGAUUCCGGCAGUGGCUAGCAACCGGCAUCAACGUCCAGUAUGGCAGGGUUGCAAAAAAUAUCGAAAGGGUAGGCGAUAAAAUGGUGGUCUCUUUUACUAACGGUACUACCGCUGUUGGUGACAUCUUGAUCGGUGCCGACGGUGCAAACAGCAUUGUAAGAGAGCAUGUACUAGGGAAGCCUAAUAGCGAGGUGUUGAGAAAUGUCCCGCUCAGCUCCAUAACUGGAGAGACCACGCUGAGCGGUGAAUUAUUCGCGCGUCAGCUGGAGAUCGCACAUAGCAUGGCCAUCGUACCAGUUACCAGCGGAGACGGCUGGAACAACCUAUUCAUGGCUCUCACCAAGAUAUGGCCAGAUGGCCAAUCUGGAGAAUUCUCCUGGGUUAUCGCGUGGCACGAUCCUCUCGCUGAGCACACCGGUCGCGCAGCGAUCAACAGUCUUUCUCAGGAGGAACGUCUUGAAAUCGCCAAGAAGAUGACCGCACACAUGGAUCCCAAAUUCAGACGCCUCAUUCAUGAGACAGCCCCAGAAGGCAUUCGGGAAGGUGGCUGGGUUCCAACGGACUGCCAUCUCGACGAGGUACCGCUUGGGAGGGCGAUUCUGCUCGGCGAUGCUGUGCACUUGAUGCUGCCAUUCAAGGCUGAAGGAGGUAUACAUGCGAUGCGUGAUGCGCUCCUCCUGGGCAAGCUAAUAACGGAGCUCGAUGCGUCGGAUGACGCCGCCAUCUACCGCCUACUCAGCACAUUUUAUGGGGAUGUACUCCCUCGGGGGGCUGAAGCUGUUGAACUCUCCAGAUAUUUCCAGCAUAAUUUCAGGAAGGACAAGACUGGUGUUAAAGCUUGGGGGCAUCCGGUUAAGAGCCUGCCGGAUGAGAGGCUGGAAAUUGGACCUGAAGGGGUCCGUAGCGUGUCGAAAGGGAUCUGUAAACUAAUCUUAGUCCCAAGCGUAUAGGAGACGUAACAAUUCCUUCCCAUUGUCAAUAUAAUAUAGUAUAGGUACCUACCUAGGUAUUUAUGUCUUAUUUGAGCCCAUUCAUGUACAUCCUCUAAAAUCAUUUCUUCGCGACUAGUUUCAGCAAGAAGGUGUUGUACGGCUAUGGUACGUAAGGAACACAUUAUACUAUACUAGGUUAAGUCGUUCACCAGAGGAAUCGAGAUUGAAUGCCCACUUAUUGAAGCCCCUUACCUCUCCAAAGAUAGGCCCACCAUAAGAAGGGGUUAAGGGGGAAAAGGGAAAUCCUUCAGUUAAAAGACUCC